AUGAGCUCUUCUACCUUACUACAUGCCUUUGACUUCAAAUCUCCCCUAGACGCGUUCAGGUCACUAACUCAUCUUGAUGUUUUCCGUGUGAUCCGGAAGCAAUGCUCCUUGGAAAUACAAUCCAUCCGUCAUCUCGCUCGCGGGAUCUUCGCACCAGUGACGGAUGACCAUUGCUCAUCAGCUAAGGACGCAUCAGGCUGAGUCAAUGACGUCCACGAAUGUAGCCAACGCUUUGGUGCGAUUGAAUUGUUUUCAGAGUCGCCGCAACAUAGUGUUUGUAGACUAAUAUUCUCACGCAUCUCUUGAGUAUUUCAACAUCAAUUUCCCAUUCUGCAUAGGUGGGCACAGGUUUUGGUGUGACCACAGUUCAAGAUGGGACCUAGCAACAAGAAGCAUGUUGUAGUUGUCGGCGGCGGCGCUGCCGGUAUGUCUUGCGCGGCGACACUGGCAAACCACCCCGACAAAUUCAAGGUCACUCUUCUCGAAAGGGGCGAGGUUGUUGGCGGGCAGGCCACCUCCAUCCCCCUCGAUGAGCAGAAAUACGGUGCACCGUGGAUGAACAACGGUGUCCAGGGAGGGUCGCAAAUAUUCAAGCACACAUUCAACUUCUUCGAGCAGUAUAACCAUCCACCACAGGAAGUCUCUCUGCAGGUCGCGUUCGGCAAAGGCGAGGACGGGUUCUGGACCAAUGUCUUCCCCAGUAAGCUGGUCGCCAAGUACGACAAGGACAUUAAACGAUUCGGCUUCUUCCUCAAGUUCAUCCGGUGGGCCAUGCCGUUCUUUGGGCUGAUUCCUAUCCGUAUCAUGCUGCGCGUCUUUUUCUUCAGCAAGGACUUUGGCGACAAGAUGGUAUACCCUCUCAUCGCCCUCUUCCUCGGCACAGGAAACCAAACAGCCAAUGUCCCGUCCGCCAUAGUUGAGCGGCUCUUUCAAGACCCGAACAUGAAGCUAUGGGAUUAUGAUGCGGAGACACUGCUACCAAACUUGCCAACCAUGGUCACUUUCGACCAUCUCCACGAGUUCUACCGCAAGUGGCGGGUUGACCUCGAGUCCAAGGGAGUCGCCAUCCGCACUCGCACUGAAGUCACGACGGUCAUCUCGCGCAGCAGCAAUGGCGUCAAGCUCCGGAUACGAGAUCUCUCCAGUAGCGAGACUACCGACGAGGAAUUUGAUGACAUGGUCCUGUGUGUUCUUGCCGACGAUGCGUUGACAAUUCUCGGGCGCUCAGCUACGUUCAAGGAGAAGUUCGUUCUGGGCGGCGCGGCCUUCUACGAUGACAUUACGGUCACACACACGGACAAGGACUAUUUCGAGAGGCACUACGAGACACACUUCAAGCCGGAGCUGUGUGCCGAGCCGCGAUCGGACGAGCAGAAGAAGCAGGUUGCGUUUGCAAAGGGAGAGGACAAGAACGGACCGUUCAGACCCAUGUACUACACGUACUCGUACCAGUCGGAUCCCCGACUCAUCGAAAUGAGCUUCAACUGCAGCAACUAUCAGCAUCAGCUAAAGACUGCCAACGCCAAAGCAAACGAGGCAUUCGAGCCCGUGUAUCAGUCCAUCUUCUUGAACAAGCAACUGAAGCACCUAUGGACGAUUGACGACAUUGACGAGAACAAGAUUAUCAAGCGCAACUGGUGGCACCAGCUAGGCCAUAGAUGGCAACACUAUGUCCGCGUCGUGCCAGGCAUGAUGUUUCUGCACGGCAAAAACAGCACCUACUUUGCCGGGUCGUGGACCCUAGUGAACAUGCAUGAGCUAGCCUGCGUCAGCGGCAUUGCGGCAGCGUAUCGUCUGGGAGCAGACUACAUCAAGUUUGAUGACUUUGCGGAGGACUUCUUCUCCAAAUAUCUGAUGCUGUCUCACGGAGUGUUCUACGGGCGCGAGGAGAAGAAGAGGGGACAUGCAAAGACGAGAUGAGGUGAUCUUCCCGCUAAAUUAAUGCAUCGGGUGGUUCGGGGUCAGGGUAUGGACAUUUCAACAAGACGGUUCUACAGCAAGCGAGGAGACGAUA